UUCUCUCCAUGUUCGCAUGCCAUUGGUCUAGCCCUUGGAGGAGAGAGCAGUAUUUAAGGUGAUCGAGGUCUCGAGUCUCACGCAGUCUCUCUCCGCUCUUACCUUUUAUAAAACAAACAAAUUCAAUCAAGAAUGAAAUCUUGGACAAAUAAAUAGAAGCGACCAAUGGAAAACGUGUAAUCUCAACGAGCUAACCAAUCAAAAACGUUAAUAGUUGUUCAUUCAUAAACUUCGCCUACUUGAAGCAGCUAUUCAAUUCUCUUACUCACCCGAGGAAGCCGGAAUUUGAAAACAAUUCAACCGCGAGCAAGCAAUUAACACAUUUCUAGGAGUGUCUGCGAAUCUUCUCCAUCUUGAAGUGGUUUCGUUUAUUUCUAAAGUGGUUUGUUUCUACAAGUGAGCGCCAGUCUGAACUCUUCAAACCCAAAGUCCUAGCAGACGUCAAGCGAAACGUAAUUGUGACUGAAGACUUUCUGGUGAACAAAAAAAUGAUUUUGGCUAUAUUUCUACUCGUGGUUUUAACAAGCGACUAUGUUCAAUCAACGACAUGCCACACUAACAAAGAGCCAUGCCGCUCGGUCUUCACCUAUGUUUACUACAACGGCACAUCAGAGUCAGCACCUCUGGACUCCUGCUCAUGCCAGAGCAGACAGUGUCACACGGCAUGGAGAAGACCAAACUACAUGAUUCGAGUCAGGAUGUUCUCUGAUGUGUCGUAUAUGACGGCAAACUUCAUGUUUUGUGAGAGACUGUACAGCAACUUGCCAACUUGUCAACAAGGUUCAAUCGGCUUGGUGAUGAAGGGCACUUUUUACCCAGAACAGCUUCACUCCAUUGCUUGCAAGUGUCCAGACAGCAGCACGCCAUUGUUCUACAAGAGAAGUUACCAUGGUGAUGACCACAUGCAAUAUUUUGAGUACAUCUGUGAUAGUCACAAGGCAUUUUGUACAGGUGUGGAUUCCCAGUGCGUAUCGACAUCUAAUGGAGAGAACAGAUACCACUGUGAAUGCCCGUCAGAUCUUACAUGCAAAGUAGAUCCUGAUCGCAUAGGUCGGUGCCAAUGAAUUUCCUAAAAGGCGAACUAACUAGAGACAGACAUCAUUUUUCUUCAUUGUUUCGCUUUUUUUUUCUCAUUAUCUAUAUUUUUAUUUAUUUGAUUGUCAUGGGAAUACCUAAGAAUUAGUGUUUAUUUUGUAUAUAUAGAUUGUUUAAUAGUUCAAUAUUUGUGUAUUAUUUGCCAUAAUUAUUCAAAAAAAAAUAAAUUUAUUACCCCAA